AUGAGUAUAAUGGCAGAACCAGCAACAAUAACCAGACCUCUGAUAUCUUCUAAGCGACACAAAAGCACAAGGAAGAAUUCAAGAAGGAUUUAUUCCCCAUACCAGGAGGAUAAUGGACUGUCUGAUGAUGAGGAUAAGGAUGGAGAGAGAGUAGACAGUACUGAUCCAGAGGAGAUGUUCCAGAACAUUCAGCUACAGAAGGAAAUAAUUGCCAACAUUCGAACCAAACCUUGGCCAAUACGACGCAAGCUAAAAGUGCUUAAGCAGGCCAGAGAGAUUGUUCUGCAGUAUGAAGGCAGACUGACCAGGACACGUGGUUACCAGGCAGCUGGGGCAGAUUUUCUAAAGAAGAUUUCAAGAAUCCUCUACAACAUUGUUGUUCUGUUCAUUCCGUGGGAAAUGAGGAUUAAAAAAAUUGAAAGUCACUUUGGUUCAGGAGUUGCCUCUUAUUUCAUAUUUCUGCGAUGGCUGUUUGGCAUCAAUAUUGUCCUCACUCUUUUGACUGGAGCAUUUAUUGUAUUGCCUGAGCUCCUGGCCGGCCCUCCAUUUGGUACUACCCGCAGCAAAACCAUUCCCAAGGAGCACCUUGCUUCCGCACAAGACUUGGACACCAUCUGGUCGUUAGGGGGUUAUCUACAAUACUCUGUGUUGUUUUAUGGCUACUACGGCAAUGUGCGUAAAAUCGGCAGCGCUGGUUACAGACUACCCUUGGCCUAUUUUCUGGUUGGGAUGGCUGUUUUUGCCUACAGUUUCAUCACUUUGUUAAGAAAAAUGGCUAAAAACUCCCGCAUGAGUUUAGCUGGCGCUUCUGAUGAGAAUUACACCUUCUGCUGGCGUAUCUUCUGUGCAUGGGACUACCUGAUUGGGAACCCAGAGGCGGCCGAGAGUAAAGGGGCAGCCAUCAUCAAUAGCAUCAGAGAGGCCAUUGUUGAAGAGCAAGAGAAGAAGAAAGACACCAGCCUAGCCGUACUGAUCAGUUUGCGAAUUUUGGCCAACAUUCUGGUCCUGCUGUCUCUAGCUGGCAGCAUUUACAUCAUCUACUUUGUGGUGGAUCGGUCUCAGAAACUGGAGCAAGAGAAACCAGAGCUAACACUCUGGGAGAAGAACGAGGUGAGUGUGGUGGUGUCGCUCAUCACGAUGAUUGCGCCUUCAGCUUUUGAGCUAGUGGCCCAGUUGGAGAUGUACCACCCCAGGACAAGUCUCCGCUUCCAGCUUGCUAGAGUACUGGUGUUGUACCUUGGAAACCUCUACAGUUUGAUUAUUGCUCUCCUGGACAAGGUCGAUAGUAUGAGCUCUGCUAUUCCUGUUGGUCCAGGAAACCUAUCAGAUUCAACAUCAUACCUAGCAACGAUCUCUCAACCCACUGAGGACAACCUAUCCACCAUCGUACCAGAUAUUCAGGAGAGACAGAACAGCACUCUGACCAUGACUCUUCUGGACCUAAACAACAGUAUGACCACUAUCAAGAGCACCAUAUCAUCUGGGCUACCAAUGAGAAUGCAAGCUAUGCUAAACCAGACAGUCCUCUAUGAGUACAAUACCAGAUCACAGCAAGACCCCUGCUGGGAAACAUAUGUCGGUCAGGAGAUGUUAAAGCUCUCCAUCAUUGAUAUGAUCUUUACGGUGGCAAGUAUCCUGCUUAUUGAUUUCAUCCGGGGAUUGGUGGUUCGAUACUUGAGUGACUGUUGCUGCUGGGACUUGGAGAGCAAGUUUCCUGAAUAUGGUGAAUUUAAAAUAGCUGAAAAUGUUCUUCAUCUGAUAUACAACCAGGGAAUGAUAUGGAUGGGAGCGUUCUUUUCACCAUGCCUGCCCGCCUUUAAUGUCCUGAAGCUCAUUGGUUUGAUGUAUUUGCGGAGCUGGGCCGUGCUGACCUGUAAUGUUCCCCAUCAGCAGGUCUUCAGAGCCUCGAGAUCAAAUAAUUUCUAUCUGGCGAUGCUUCUCUUCAUGCUAUUUCUGUGUAUGCUACCAACCAUUUUUGCCAUUGUGAGAUACAGGCCAUCUCGGUACUGUGGACCUUUCAGUGGUCAGGAGAAAAUUUACGACAUCAUCUCCGAGACCAUUGCAAACGACUUCCCGCUGUGGUUCAGUAAAGUGAUGAAUUACAUCACCAGUCCUGUGGUGGUGUUGCCUGCAUUGCUUCUACUGUUUAUGCUGAUCUACUACCUACAGUCCAUCGCUAGAUCACUCAAAGUCACCAACAGCCAGCUGAGAUUGCAGCUGCAGACCGAGCGGACAGAUGACAAGAAGAAAGUAUUUAAGUUAGCUGCAGUGCGUCAACAAGCACCUGAGGGCGAUGAUAAAAAGCCGGAACAAGAAAGUGACAUAACCAGUAUGGAGUCCUCUGCCCGCUCUGCCUCCCCUCCACGACGCAAUGGCAAUGUCACUAACUUCGAAUCUCCUGUCCGCCAUGGCAACGGCAUUCGGACCAUAACCCAGUCAGCUUCACGUCCUGAUGUCCCAAGAGCUGCCGGUGCGUCACGGAGUCCAGCAGUCCCUGUGCGACAGAAACACAAAGCAGAACACAUACCCAAUAGGCAUGCUGGGUACUUGAGUAGUGGUUCAUACCACUCCAAAUCCUACCAUCACAUGGCCUACAAACCCUGUACACGGUACACCGAGAACAUAACCUCUGAUCCACUGUAUCGCAAGACCAACCGCCCCAAGCACACCGAGCCCAGCAUAACCACAGCUCAGAGCUAUGUGGGCCUCCGGGCCCAUACAACACGCUACGUAAUCGUCAACGAGCAUGAAGCUCGCAAGAAGUUAAUGCGCUCCACAACACGUGUGCCAAGGCAUUAUCGCCUAGCGAAUGAACCAACAGAGAUAGUAGAGCUGUAUCCUCGUAACGUAAAGUGUUGCAUACCUCGAACCCCUCACCGAGGCCAUCAGCCACACCUCAGUGAGGAAGAGGAGGAAGAGGAAGACCCUAAGAGCAGCACAAGGAGGGGAUCAUUCAGACAGACUCACCAUCCAAAAUCUCAGUCAGAUCUCCACCCGCCCGCAAGGUUCUACAUUGGCGAUACAAUUAAUAGUCAAUUGUCUAUGGAGCAGGGUUUAUAUGGUGAGGAAGAGGAGGAAGACCAGGAAGAAGACUGGGUGAAUGAUGGCUCUCACCCCUACUCUCAAACAAACAUCCAAGGCCCGGAGUCGACUUACAGGUAUGGAGUGCCACAUGUCAAGCCCAAGACCAGGCACAAAGUGGAGCCCUCGCUGACCGAGUCAGAUUCUGCAUCACUGGCGUCCAGCAGUGACCAACAAAACAGCAGCACAGACCAGUACAUCCAGGUCAUUCACAAUAAGGAAAAGUACCUGAAGCCCAGUGCGAAGCUGACCAAAAAGAAAUCCAAGAACAGCGUUAAACUGAAUGUGUCUGGCUCUAAUGAUCUUCUUUGCUCAAAUGUUUAACAUAUUUAUAUCUAAAAUAGAGAUUAUAAUUCAAAAAGCUACAAUAUCUAAAUCUUUAUCAUGUUAAAGUUACUGUUUUGU